UUCGCGACGUAAAGACGCUCGAGAAGGAAGUGUCCUCUUCGCAAACGCCGUGCCGCGCCACCGAAAAAACCGAGACGAGUUUUCGAGAGUUUUCCAUCACAUCUGCGUGCGUGUGUGUUUGUGGUGAAUGUUUAGCAGCUACAAGCUUGGAAGUGACUUUUUGAAUCGAAUCCAGUGAGAAGAACAAUUUGUGACCGCGUUUUACGACUUGCAAGCGAAACCGAAGGAAUAAAAGACAGACCGAGAGAGAGAGAGAAAGAGAGAGAGAAUCGUUGAACACUUGUGCAAACCAUGAAGGAGACAAACGUGAAUCACACCGUGGACGCCGAGCGGCUAUCACCGAUGGCGCUCCUUUCCGGGCAGCAUCCAGAACCGGCCCCAACCGGUAUCGAGGGUGACCGGGCGACCGGCAAGGUGGAAGGCAACCAGAUCCAGGCGCUCCUGGAACGUCACGAAAAUGGUCCAUCAAUCCUGCCGAAUGGCAUCGGCCGUCCGAUGCGAUCAUUUUCCCCGAUCAGUGGCGUAUCGCGGUUGCUGAAGAACCUCUACCUGUGCGGUGGGAGUGCCGCGUCGGUCGGGAUGAUGCAGCAGCUCGGUGUGACGUUCGUGAUCAACGUGACGAUGCCGACAGAGCUCACCGAUACGCCACUUCCGGCGUGGGACACGCGCUACCUGCGGUUACCGGUGAAGGAUAAUCGUGAGGCGAACCUGGAGCGUUACUUCCACGAGGUGGCGGACUUGAUCGAAGAGGAGUCCAAUGCAAACGGAGUGACGCUGGUGCACUGUGUGGCCGGCAUUAGCCGCUCGGCCACGCUCUGCCUAGCCUACCUGAUGAAGCACCACCGGAUGAGCCUGAAGGAUGCGUACAACCACAUCAAGGAUAAGCGUCCCCAGGUGCGACCGAACGUCUCUUUCGUCAAGCAGCUGAUGGACUUUGAGCAGCAACUGUACGGCAGCCGCUCGGUGGCGAUGGUCUACUGUCAUGCGCUCGACCAGGAGCUGCCCGACAUCUAUGAGCCCGAGUUCCGCACGAUGGAGCUGCUGUACCAGAAGUUUCGGCGAAACAUUGCACGCCGUUAGCCGGUAGUGUCUGGUUCCGGGACGCUUGGCAGAGCAUUGACUUAAACUACAUGAAUUCCACUUAUUCCCUUUUUACUCUCGUAGCACCUAGGCUUUGGUAAGGUUUUUGUUUAAAGGAACGUGAAAAUGGUCGCGGGAGAAAAAAAGGUGCUGCCAUCCGCAGAAUUGACUCACGUUUUGGGUGGGUUUGCGCGGUGAGGGGAUGGUAGCGAACGGGGAACGGCGGUGCGUUCCGAUAAUCUGAUCUAUAUGAUAGUAUUCUACUUAUCGCGGAAAACCUAAACUUUGCUCUCCAUUUUUGUCGCUACGAUGAAGAUAAAGCCUCUCUGUAGCCUGCUUGUAAUGUUACCCGAAAUAACGCUCGCAUGAUACCAAAGCAACUCGUUGGUGUCGAUCGGAACUUCUCGGUCCUCGGAUAUGGAUCGAAGUAACCUUCGCUCUCUCUCUCUCAAAGACAGACAGACAGACAGGCAGACGGAGAGUCCCACUGAUUCGAUGAUUGCCACGUUAAAAUUGCUGUGAUUGGAAUGUAACUGAUAAGCCACGGAGCGUGGAGCGUGGAUUUUAAGGAGCCCCUUUAGCAUCCGUAGCUCACACUCGAGAGAAUGUGUUGCUAUACUUAUAUUUAAGGGUUCGCGGAAUGGGAGAAGCUGAACAGCUGGACAAGCGAGACAGCUGGUAGGUUUAGUAUGAUAGGUUUUUUUUUUUUGUAUCCGAGUAAUACCACCAUUAACCACAUAAGCUUACGCGCGUUUACGCGAUAGACAGUGUGUAGGAAGUACACUUCUUAGAAAUAUAAAUCUUAUUCACUAACUGGUA